GUCCCAGAAAUUCGGGCUUUUCGGGUGUCUCAGAGAAAGUGGUCGAGCGUCCCCCGGCCGGGGGACGCAAACCCAUGUUUGUCAACUCGUCGAGUUGUGUAUUUGAACUUGGCCACACUGUGUAUAUUGACUAAUGCCUAUAAAAAUCAAUCAACCCCAACACCCAAAGCCUUCCAGGAGUGUAGAGUACUUUACAUCACCGGGUUGAGGCCGUUUUCUCCUUCUUACAUCCUUCCUAGUACACUAAGUUAAAAGCUGACAUCUUUCCCAGUACAUUACGCAGGCCUUCCGUUGGGGUCUGAGGGAAAAACGCUGGCCUCUGCAUGGGGUUCCUGCGGGCCUUCAACUUCAAGCAGCCAAUUUACAUAUGCUGUGAUAACUGAUAUACCGGUGUACAUAUAAUUUAUAUACUACAUUUCAUUAUAGAGCGUUUGCUCGCUCUCCCUCAUUCCGCCCCUCGCCAGUCGCUAUUUUGCUUUGUAAACACAAAAAUAAGGCUAGUUCUAAUGUCAGUAGAACAAGAGCUGGUGGCUGAGGCUGCUUUGUUGGCUUGGGACGCGAGUUCUCGCGCUGCUGACCGCUCGUUGACCAGCUCGGCGACGCUGCUGCUGAGACGUCAGCUGAAGCCAGCUAUCACACGAGACUUACAACUGUGCCUCAUAAAUGAUCAGCUGUGCUUUUAAUGUUUUAAUGGGGAAGUCUUGGUCAAAAACGCCAUAGAUUCAACAUCACGUUCAGCACGACCGUUGUCGCGCCUCACGGAAGUCCACAGGCUAGUCCACAGGUUAAAAUGAAGACGGGAGGCUUUAAACCUGCAGCCUGGAUUGCCCGCCCGGCCAUAUGUCACAACCCCGUGUGUGUAUGUGUACUUGCAGGAUCAUCCUCCGCCAUGCUCUUGAGGACGAUUCUAGGAGCUGUUCGAGGGUCGGCUGGCUGGACUGCCGCCACACCUCUAACAUUGUGUUUAGCAACGGUGCAGCCAGUGGAGGCAGAACUACAGGAGCUAGCAUGACACGAGCUGUCCGGCACUAGAGUUGGAGAUGGGCGCGGUGGCACCAGUGGCGGCUGCUGUGGAGGCGGGUGAUGUGCCGACUGCAGUGGAGGCGGGUGUCAAGGUGGUGGGAGACGUCAUGCCCAGCAGACACGCCAGUGGUUGUUGUUGCACGUUUGACACAUUCAUACCAUUUAGACAUCAUAUGACAGGCUUGGGUUAAUGGCACAGACGUAAUAUAGUGUUGUAGACAGUGGCAGACCAGGAGAGCAAGACUGUGGUGGGCUUUGAAUGCACGGAGACUCAGCUGGAGAGUGCCAAGGAGUAGGGAAGCAGAGGGCUAACUGAGUAUGGUGUUGUUGGUGAGUUGGACUGGGAACACAAGGCAGGUGACCUCCUCAAGGCAGUUGACAUGGGUUGGUGAGGGCACUUGGUACAAAAUGCAGCAAGCUGAUGUGUGUGGUCACUGCUAGGGCGGGGCUUGUAUAUCAAGGCGGCAUCAUGUAAAGGAGACACUUU